CAUCUCUAACCCCUUUCUGCUGUUUCGUCGUUGACCAAUGACAUUUUUUCGCAACCUAUUACUUAUUAAAUCAGAAAAUACGUAUUAAAACAAUUAAAUUCAACUUAAGCCGCCUGUCCCGCCGAGCCAAAAAUUGAACAUAAAGAACCUGAAAAAAAAUAUGCAUUAAAUAAACUAAUCACGGAGUUUGCCACACACCAACACAAACACACAGCUAAACACAAAAGCAAACGGCAACGUGAAAUUGAAUGUGAAAGUAAAAACAGUCGCGGCAAGUAGGCAAAGAAAAACGAAUAAGAAGAAGCAUUUUUUUGUUGGCGAAGAGGACAGUGUGUAAAUGCAAUAACAACAACGACAGAAACAACAGAUGUUAUAAGCAACAAAAACAAAACUAAAUAAAACGCUUUUUUUUUUGUUUUUGUUUGAUUUGAUACGUUUUUGUUUUUUUUUUUUGUUUUGUUGCAAACGUGUACUACAGAGGCACGACGUAAGCAACAAAUCACACCUCCCGCCACCGCCCUCCGUCUUGUAGCCGCAAACAUAUUCGUAUUUCUCACGGACUGUGCUCCUGCUGCUGUUGUUACCGUUUUUGUUCCGAUUCCGGCUUCACCUCUCCAGGUUGCAAUUAAAAAUGGCUGCCGCCGCUGCUGCUGCUGCCUCCGUAUUGAGCACCGCUGCUGCCGUGAAUGAUUGCUUCAGCAUUGGUUCCACAGUGGUAUGCACCAACUGUUUCAGUGAGGAGAUUGAGGGUGAAGUUCUGGCAUUCGAUCAUAACACAAAGAUGCUUGUGUUAAAAUGUCGCUCAAAAACGACAGAUGAGCUGAGUGAUGUUUAUGUGAUGAAUCUAUCGCUUUGCAGCAAUGUUCAGGUGAUCAAGGAAUGCAACGGAAAUUCGACGGAUGAUCCGCAAAAGUUGAAUUUAGAGCAGGUGAAAAUGCGACUGCGUAAAACAGUAGAACGACGACAGGAUUUCCUAAAGUCCAAAAAUGCGGAUGUCAGUCCAGAAGCACAAGAACUUUAUAGAGCGAUAGCCAAACAAUAUGGGUACAAUGAGGUCUCCUGGCAGGGUCUGAACAUACAAAUCUUAAACGAAGUCACCAUCUCGCCACCAUAUCGGGUGGACAAUGUUGUAUCCAGUUCAAACAACGAGAGUUCAUGCAACUACAUUAAACGCAUUAUCAAACAGUUUUUCAAUACGAGACCUUCACCGGCUUUGGAAAAUACCACAACUGCAACACAUAAUUCGACGGCGGCAACGGUCCCUACUUCGUCCGUAUCUUCUGUAUCGCCCACGUCCUCAUCUUUGUCAUCGAGUAAUGCCGCUUCUGGGUCUCCGGUUCCCGCGAACUAAAUCUUAAACGAAAAUCGGAAACACAAAACAGAAAAAAAAUAUUUGCUUCAAAAAAAAGGAAAACAAUUCUUUUACUUUCGGGAUGAGCAUUUCAAUGUGUACUUGACAUUUCUUUGUUGUCUGAAAUAGAUUUCUCUUCCCGGUCUCGGCCAAAAAUAACAAAUA